AGCGAGCAGACAGAGAUGAGCUCCGUGCUGCAGGUGAACCCCAGGGUGCGGGCGAUCAGAGCCCCGACGCGUCUGCAGAGUGUGGCUGCACGCAUCACACAGCAGAUCGCACAGGGAGCAAACAAACCUUUCAAGAAGGUGAUUGAUGUCAGUUCAGAUGAUCCACACAGGAUGGGGAUGGCACCCAUUUCAUUUGUUCGCCAGGUCUUGGCGGUGUGUCUGUACCCUGAGCUCCUCGAAGAAAAAACCCUUCCUCUGGAUGUCAGGCAGAGGGCGAAGAGGCUUCUGGGGGUUUGCGGUGGAGGGAGCGUGGGUUCAUACUCCACAGCCACCAGUGGUUUACCGCUAGUCAAGAAAAGCAUCGCUGACUUCAUAACGAAGCGAGAUAAUGGAGUGAGUUCACAUCCAGAGAACAUCAUCAUCUCCAAUGGUUCUCAGAAGACUUUGUCGCUGGUUUUACACCUGAUGGCCAGUGGGACUGGAGUGACUCAGACAGGUGUGUUAACCCCUGUGCCCUCCCCACACACACUGCCCAUGCUGAUAGAUUUGUCAGGGGUGAAACUGGUGCCGUACCAGCUGAAAGAGGAGGCGGGCUGGGCUGUAGAACUGGAAGAACUGCAACAAGCUUUGGCAACCGCUAGGGGGGACUGUGAACCCAGAGCCAUUUACAUCAGCAACCCAGGAAACCCCACAGGUCAUGUGCAAGACAGGAAGACAAUGGAGAGAGUGAUUCGAUUUGCUGCAGCGGAGGGCCUCGUCCUAUUGGCUGAAGAGGUGAAUCAGGACAGUGUGUACGGGCAGGGCAAAGAGUUUAUUUCCUAUAAGAAAGUCCUGUUUGAGAUGGGGAAGAAGUACGCAGAGAAAGUGGAGUUGAUCUCCCUCCACUCGAUAUCUACGGCCCCCAUGGGAGAGUGUGGUCUGAGAGGAGGGUAUAUGGAGGUACUUAACAUCGACCCAGCUGUGUAUAAGUAUUUAAGAAACAUUCAGCUCACUUCCAGCCCUCCAGUUAUUUCACAGCUCGCUCUGGAGGUGAUGGUCAAUCCACCCACACCUGGAGAUCUUUCAUAUAAAACAUACGCACAGGAGAUUCUUCACACUCAGACAAUGCUUUCCCAGAAUGCUCAGCGGGCUUGUGAGUUCUUGAAUGGUCUACCAGGGAUAAACUGUGAACCAGCGAUGGCAGGAGUCUUUCUUUUUCCCCGUCUGCAUUUACCACUGAAGUUGGUAGAGGAAGCCGAGAUGUUAGGACUGGAGGCAGAUGUGUUUUACUGUCAGAAGCUACUGGAAGAAGAAGGUGUGUGUUUGGGGGCGGGCUGCGAGAACGGACAGGAUGACCAAAACCACCACAUCAGGCUGUGUGUUUUGGCUCCUCCUGACACUCUGGAGGAGGUCUUGGCACGUCUGCGCUCUUUCCACCUGCGCCUGCUGUACAGGUUUCCCUGACGGAAAUGUCAAGGACACACAGACUGUGGGAAAAAAUACCGAAGCAUGGUUUUCACAGUCGUCUCUCACUGACAAUAACACUUUGUCUUUUACCUGCAAUCUUAUAAAUGAACACUGUUAUAAAGGUCAUUUCCUGAUCCUGAAAAGACCAAUAAUAAGAACAAAAUUAGUUCUUGACAACAUAGUGUUCCCAUGUAAAAAAUAAUAUAAAAACUGAAGAUGUAAACCGUGUUGAAAUCAUUCAGUGUUUGAGUUACACUUCCAUCCAGAAUAAACCUCCAUAAAUCAGCUUAUAAAUAUUGAUAAUAGAAUAAGAGCAUUCAGAACUUGACUUAGAAUCAACAGGUUUUUAAAUUUUCUUCAGUAUCACAUUAAUCCAGUGACAGUUAUCUGUACAUCCAUGGGUAACAGGAACUGCUAAUAGCUAAUUUGGCUGCUUUCAAUGGAGCCAAUUUGACAAAAUGUAAAUAAAUAUAGGCAAAAAAAAAGAAAGGGCCAGUAUCGAGCUGUGGCUGUGAUUAUAAGAGCACAUGUGAUUAUGCUUUUACAGGGUCUUUCUAUCCUGGUGGCUCAUUGAUUCCCAAAUAAAUUUACUGUAUUUAUUAAUUAAUCCAUUGCUAUUUAUUCAUGUGUUUACUUUUGUAAAUGUGAUAUUGUAUAAUUGUGACAUGUAGUCACUUUAAUUUAAUUAAAUCCAAAGAACUUUAUUUAUCCUCAGUGAGGCAAUUCAAAGUCUGCGCAUGCACAAACACAUUUGCAUGUUAACAGACUGUAUGAUUAAAAACUAAAAACAAUA